AAUAUCAACAAUUUAACAAUUACAGAUAAGAUAUAUUAGUAAGGAAACAUAAACGAUCUAAAUCAUCUAAAUUGGCGAUGACAUGUAGGUUCAGAAAUUUCUAAUAAUAGAUCGUAUUUGGAGGGGAUUUCCCACACUUUCCAGCUAGUUGCAUGGUUGCCCGGGGAAGAGACCAGGCAACACACAAGAAACGAUUAUGUUUGAAGCCUCCAAACAAGCUCAAAAGAAGUACAUUCCUGGGCUGACUGCUCGGCCGGAUGACCAGCCAUUACCACAAGGGGCUAGGCAAGAUGAUGUGAAGGAAAUCCCUCCAGAACUGAUUGAAAACUUCAAGAAUGGUACCAAGCAACCGGUUAUGGCUAUUCAUGAAUACUGUUCCUUAAAAAGAUGGGCAGUUUCUUUCCGAGAAGUGGCAUCUAAUAUACAGUCAUUUGGGACACAGUUUGCCAUGACCUGCACAGUAAACGGUAAAGAAUAUCCACAAGGAUUGGGGAGGACUAAAAAAGAUGCUAAGUCUAAUGCCGCCAAGAUAGCAAUGUCCAUUAUAUUAGGAGUCUAUGAUGAGGUCGUGGAGGACUCCGAUGAUGAAACUGUGAUGUAUGAUUCCAUGGGAAGAAAGCUGUGUACAAGCACAGGUAUGACGCAGUACGAAUCUGCUGCCAAGAAAAGUAUAAUGAGGCAUCUUAACAUGGAGCAGCAUUUAGGAGGUGCUUCCCAGGAACAGAAUCCAAUCACUGCUUUACAACAAUAUUGUGCCCAACACGGCAUGCCCUUCGAGAUAGAGAUAGGGGAUGAACCAGGACCUAUGGGGUAUGAGGCAUUUGUGUUAAUCAAUGAUGAUAUUAUUGGAGAAGGCACUGGCAGUAACAAGAAAGACAGCAAAAGAUUGGCUUGCCAGAGUGCCCUUUACCAUCUCACACAGCAAGAUGAGAUGAAAAAGGCAACAGAGGUAGUAAUGACAGAGGAGGACAAGAUUUCUCAGAUAUGUGGCCUAAAACUGGAGAGCAUGUUUAAAGAAGUACCAUUGCUAGCACAAUGUAAGACAUCACUGGCAGCAUUUGUCAUCAAAAGAGGUGAUGGUAAUUGUGAAGUUGUUGCCGUAGGAACAGGUAACUCUUGUAUAGCAAAGACAAAUCUUACCUUUGAUGGUCGGUGUUUGAUUGACAGCUAUGCAGUGGCGAUGGCCCGAAGGGCUCUACUGAAAUAUUUUUUUAAAGAAAUGAAGAGUUAUUAUGAUGGUAGCAAAGUUUUAUCAAUAUUUGAACAAAUAUCAGAGACAUCGUGUAUGUUAAAAUUGAAGGACUAUAUAAGUUUACAUCUUUACUUGAGUGAGCCACCUUGUGGAGACUAUGGCUUCUACACUGAAACAGAACCGACACCUAGUCCCCCGCUGACAGCAGAACAGAAAGACUUGGUCACAAAAGGAGCUCACUACCCAGCCUUUAGUGAAGACUUUCCAGGCUGGCUUUGUGUUAAGAAUUAUCUAGAGGAGGUGAACCCUGUAGAGGAGGAAGACACUGGCCAGCAGACAUUGGCAGAUCUUGAGACAGAGGAACUUUCUGUGAUGUCUUGUAGUGACAAACUGCUGUUGUGGAACAUUGUCGGUAUCCAAGGGGCACUUUACUCCUGUUUUCUUCAACCUGUCUACAUCAAGUCCAUCACUGUUGAACGUCACUUUGACCAUGGCCACUUCUGUCGGGCAGUUUGCUGCCGUGUUUACGAUGUGCUGCAGGAGUCACUGCCUCCACCCUACCACAUAAACCAUCCCACACUGACUACAACUUCCUUACCCUCCCCUGACAUUGGGGUGCAUGCCACUCCACUGUGUAUGAACUGGUCUCAUGGAGACGAAAAAGUUGAAGUGAUUGAUGGAAAUACUGGCCGAGCAUCUGACAUGUCACCUCACAAGGCUGGAGCCAAUGGUGCCAGCCGCCUAUGUAAAGCUGCACUUCUACACAGAUUUAAGGAGUUAGCUAAAGCCACCCAGCAAUACCCAUUACUCCAGAUUCCAUCUUUCACAGCCGCUAAAAACACUGCCAAGAACUACCAGACUGCAAAACAGGCAUUCUACACUCAUUGUGCACAGAUAGGCAUUGGGGAGUGGAUUAGAAAACCUCAGGAAAUUGACAAUUUUGGGAAAUGAUACUGUCAUCCCAUGUGUGAAAAUUUUAUUUCAUAUGCAUUAGACACAGCCCUUCACAGCUAACUAAUAAAGAAAUUAUUACACUUAGAGCAAGACACUAGACAAUGGUCAAAAACAUUUCUGUAAAACAUUAAGAGGAAAUGUUUAAGUGAAUUCAUUGUAUACUAUUUGUGCCAAAUAUAGAAUUUACCAGGUUUCUGUCUCUACUGAAACUGACAAUUGUUUCUUUAUCCUUGAUAUAUGGUCAGUGCUGGAUCUUACAUUCCAUAUUUAAUUGUGAAUUGCUGAAGUGAUGAACAUUGUGCUAAAGAAGAAAAUGAAUUAAUAAAACAAGCAGAGCAUGGUUUAUGAUAAGCAGAAACAGAAUUAUGCAAUGUUUAAUUAAAAGAAACAGAAUUGAACAAUGUUUAGUUAAUAGAAACAAAAUUAUACAAUGUUAUUGAUAGAAGAAAAGAAUUUUACAAUAUUGAGUGAAUAGAAACAAAAUGAUACAAUGUUGAGUGGAUAAAAAUCAAACAAGACUAGGUGGAUAGAAACAUAAUCGUGCAAUCUGAGUGGAUAAAAACAUAAUUAUGCAGUAUUUUGUAGAAUGAAUCAAAAUUAUAAAAUGUUGAGUGGAUAGAAAGAAUUAUACAUAAGUGGAUGGAUAGAAGCAAAAUAAUAUGAUCAUGAACAAUAAAGGUUGUAGAAGAAUGAGUGGAUAUAAACAGAAUUAUACAAUGUUGUGUGGAUAGAAAUAGAAUUAUACAAGCUAUGAUAAGUGCCUUUUUAUAUGCCUGUCAAAGACAAUGACGUAAAAUUGACAAUGUAUAAUGGUAUGGCUUUUAUUCCUCAUCAGAGUAUCAUAUCAUAGCCUUGUUUUCCCUCUUGGCAUUUUGAAUGAACAUAACCAACUCCAUAUUUGUAUUCUUUGUGGUACAAUAAAUCAGAAAUAUUUCUCUAACACUGGACAAGCACAUGUUGUUCCACCUCUUGCCCUAGGUUGGUCUGUAUGGAGUUUUGAAUACGAGUAUGAUAUUGUUUGAUCGUCUCUAUGAAGACGUGUGUACUUACUGCUGUGAUGACAUCAUGUUGGCCAAUAACAUGUUGGUAUUAACAGCUUAAAAGUCUAUACAAGUUAAUGGUUUUUAUCUGCUUGGUAUGUUGGAGGUCAGAGAUUUUUUAUAAGGUAAGAAUUUAAACAAUUUGAUGUAAUAAUGUUAGAGGUAUAUAUCAGUUAAAAAUCAUGACAUAGAAUUUCAUCAUAUAAAUUUAACUAGCUUCUUGUUCCACUCAUUUAAGUAAAGCAUAGUUCAAUGUGGGUGAAAGUCUGUAGGUACAAAAGGUAUGGCACUAGUAUUAAUUGGUAUAAGUGACCUUGAACAACUUGGAAGGUUACAAGAUGAAUAAGCUAAGAUGUGAAGUUGUGAUAGUAUAAUGUUUGAGACUGACCUUAUUACACUCUGAAGGUCAGAAGUUUGAGGUAUUGUAAUUGCCAACAGUAUUGAUAGAAGGCUAGCAAUAUAGGCCCAUCUCGUCUCUUGUAACUGAAGCUGAAAAUUUUGCAUUAGCUUUUUUCAUUAUUAUAAUUUUUUUAACGUUUUAAAGUAAGGCAUUGUACUGUAAAUCAUUAAUUUUCAUGGGGCAUUUAUUUUCAUAAAAUGAGUGGUACUCUAAAUCUACAAAUUCCUAUGCCUAUGGAUUACAUGAAUUAUAGUUCUAGUGAGUAUUGUGAGGAAGAUUUAUCCAUGAAAAUGUAUAUCUUUAGGAAACCAUGAAAUUUGAGCCCUACAAAAAAAUAUGACUUUACAGUUUCUACAUAUGAAUAUUAAAAAGCUGGUGUUGACACUUCCUUGAUUUUAAACAGUGUGCAAGAUUGAAUAUUUCAUGUGAGGAGUAUGUGAUUAAAUCAUUACAUUUAUGUAGUUGUAUUGUCAGCAGUAAUUCACAAAACAAGCUUUCUCAAUAUAUUCCAGACUAGAGACUUGUCAUUUAAAGCUAAUGUAUAUUGAUAAAGAUGUUGGAUAUUUCGGUUCUUGCUUUUGAUUGUGAAACAUGACACUUAAGUGACAUGCUUUCCAGUAAAUAACAAUCUAAUUGAUGAAACUAUUUUCUCAACAAUGUAUAGUAACAACUAAAAUAACUAGUGACUUUGCUUCACAAUUCAUUUUCCUGGAAUAUUUGUGCAUGAGUGGGAUAUUUGUAUGGGUAAGAUUGCCUUAACUUAUAUUCGAGAUUAUUACAGGUGAAUCACUUUUACACAUACAUGUUAUUAUUUAUAAAAAUACUGCUUCUCUAUACUAUACAUUUAUCAUGUCUUUAUGAAAACCAGUCCAUGAAACAGGCAUAGCUCUUUUUGUUUUUCUUUUGCGGCUGGGAAAAUGCUUUCAUCGCAAGUACAAUUUCAAAUUGUAAUUAUUUAAUCAAUACAUUUCACAUAUUGUUUUU